CAAGUUCCGAAUUUCGAUCGAUAAGCUAGUGCGCGCAACUCUCAUAUCAGCGACAGAUACAACAAACACUGAGCAUUCUUUGUGUGUGUACUGCAACACGGUGUUGGUAAAAGUACGCUUGUAGCCAUCUCUCGCUGCCGCCCCAUCACGGAAUUUGUCACGCUUCUCAUCACGUCUCGCAAUAGCUUACUACUUGAUUACCAGAAAGUCGGUUUGGAAUAAUCCGCACUGGUAUAUGUAUAUACGGGAGGUUCUUGUCAAAACAAACCAUAUUUUGUAAGUGUCUGUGUUGCAUACAACAUGUUGAGUUCACAAAUCAUUCGCGCUGCGAGCAGGGCGUUGCCCUCACAGGCUAACGUAGCUGUCGGAACCACUUCCUGCCGGUACACGCAGACGUUAACGGAGAAAUACGCCGAGGUGAAAAGCACUGAACCCAAUUUCCUCGAGUGCUUCAAGGAAUUCUUCGACAAUGGAGCGAGGCUUCAGAAGAAUGUUUCGCCGAACGAUAUUUUGAACAUGAGAAUGACGGACGCCGUGAUUAAGACGUCUUUCCCACUUAUUCGUGAGGACAAGACGUGCGAAAUAGUGACCGGCUAUCGAGCCCACCACAGCAGACACCGUGUGCCUGUUAAGGGAGGUAUUCGUUUCUCCACUGCGGUAGAUCUGCAAGAAGUUGAAGCGUUGGCGUCGCUCAUGACUUACAAGUGUGCGGUUGUGGAUGUGCCCUUUGGAGGAGCCAAGGGUGGUAUCGCCAUAGACCCGAAGAACUAUUCAGCGAAAGAGUUGGAGCAGAUCACCCGAAGGUACACUAUGGAGCUGUGCCAGAAGAACUUCAUCGGCCCGGGAAUCGAUGUGCCCGCCCCUGACAUGGGAACCGGAGGCAGAGAGAUGACAUGGAUCAAAGACACGUACCACCACUUCAGCGGUGGCGAUGUCAACUCAGUGGCGUGUGUUACCGGUAAGCCUAUCACACAGGGGGGUGUCAGAGGCCGUACUGAGGCCACAGGCCUGGGUGUGUACUACGGAAUCCGUGACUUCCUGGAGUACGAGGAGGUACAGGAUCAGACUGGUUUGACGAGCGGGCUUAAAGGCAAGAAGGUCAUUGUGCAAGGUCUAGGAAACGUAGGAUUCUACGCAGCCCAUUUCAUCACCAAGGCCGGCGGCAAGGUCGUCGGUAUUGGAGAGUACAACUCUUGUAUCGUCAACCCUGAAGGUCUGGAUAUCGAGCACUGCCAAGCCUAUUUCAAGAGCAAUGGAUCAUUCAAAGGCUACAACAGCGGCGAGUUCAUCGCCGACCCUCUCGCCAUCCUAGAAAUGGAGUGCGAUGUGCUUGUGCCUGCGGCAGUGGAGAAGUCCAUCCAUACUGGAAACGCUAAGAAUAUCAAAGCUAAAAUUAUCGCCGAGGCGGCUAACGGACCUUUGACACCGAAGGCACACUACGAACUUGUGGAACGCGGCGUCGUGAUCAUUCCCGAUUUGCUGUUGAAUGCUGGCGGUGUGACAGUUUCAUACUUUGAAUGGCUGAAGAAUCUCAGCCACGUUCGAUUCGGUCGCUUGAACAAGAAAUGGGAGGAACACAGCAAGUCCACGCUCCUCAACUUUGUCGAGCAGAGCGUUAACCGAGAGCUGUCCCACCAGGAAAGACGCCUGGUAGUACACGGUGCCGAAGAGGUGGACAUAGUAUACUCUGGGUUGGAGGAUACUAUGUACAACGCCUGUAUGGAGACCCGUGUCACCGCCAAGGAGCUUGGCGUGGACUUCCGAACAGCGGCAUUCUACAAUGCCAUUGAAAAGAUCGGAAAAGUGCUGGAGGAGUCUGGCAACAUUUUCAGCAACUAAGUCGACGAUAAGAAGUCGCGCGUGCUCUUAGUAGCGCAAAUAAAAUAGCAGUAGUAUGAUUCAUAGGUUCAACUAGAUAAGAAUAUAAAAUAAUCCGGUAAUUGGUAUUUGGUACAAAGAGUGACUGGUGGAAAAUCCUCUUGCGCGGGUACUUAUUUGCUUACAACUGACACAUCUAACGCG